CUUUUUUCUUCCCACCUGGGGUGGGAAACAAUCCUGGGGGAGUUCCUUUAAGCUCCCCCUCCCCCAGAUGCCUUGUGGAUGAUGGGACCUCUUUUUUUGUGUGCUCCUGGGACAGGUUCCUCUCCAGCCUUCGCUCGCGGCUCAAGCUGCUCCACCCCAGCGCCAACAGUAGCCUUCGGGAAGACCAGAUGGUCCAUGUCCAUUUCAAGGAAGAAAUCGGUGUCGCCGAACUCAUCCCUCUCGUUACCACCUACGUCAUCCUCUUUGCUUACAUCUACUUCUCCACCCGAAAGAUCGACAUGGUGAAAUCCAAGUGGGGCCUGGCUUUGGCAGCUGUUGUGACAGUGCUCAGCUCCCUCCUGAUGUCCGUCGGGCUGUGCACGUUGUUCGGCCUCACGCCGACGCUCAACGGAGGGGAGAUUUUCCCGUACCUGGUGGUUGUGAUCGGCAUCGAGAACGUGCUGGUUCUCACCAAAUCAGUCGUCUCCACACCAGUUGACCUGGAAGUGAAACUGCGCAUUGCACAAGGUUUGAGCAACGAGAGCUGGUCCAUCAUGAAGAACAUGGGCACCGAGUUGGGGAUCAUCCUGAUUGGCUAUUUCACCUUUGUCCCGGCCAUCCAGGAAUUCUGCCUUUUUGCUGUGGUGGGCCUGGUCUCUGACUUCUUCCUCCAGAUGUUCUUCUUCACCACCGUCCUCUCCAUCGAUAUCCGUCGGAUGGAGCUGGCCGAUCUCAACAAGCGUCCCCCCGCCGAAGCCUGCCUCCCGCCCCCCAAGCCCAACUCCCGCUGCCCGCGUUACGAGCGCCAGCCAGCCAUGCGCCCGGCCACUAUGCACACCAUCAACCUCCAGACCUCCUCACUCCGCAACCUCCGUCUCCCUAAGCGGCUGAGGGUGGUGUAUUUCUUCGCCCGGACACGACUGGCCCAAAGGAUCAUCAUGACCGGGACGGUGGUCUGGAUUGGCAUCUUGGUUUAUACCGAUCCGGCAGGGGUCCGCCUCUACCUGGCUUCCCACGUCACGGAGCAGAGCCCCCUGGGCGAAGCAGGGCUGCCGGUUCUGCCCGUCCCCGGGGAGGUCCUUCCCACAAGGGACGCCCAGUUGUCCCUCUCGGUCUUCUCGGCCGAUCCCGCGCAGCCCCCGCCACCACAGCUCUCGGAGAACCAGACGGGGGAGUCCUCGCGCCACCAAGAGGCGGAGCGCCACGCCGAGGAACCGCUGAAUGCCAGGAGCAAGGGGCACUCGGAGGUGGGCUCCAAGGCCGAAGUGACUUGGGGCUCAGAGGAUGAAGAACUUUGGAGGAAGCUCUCCUUCCGCCACUGGCCCUCGCUCUUCAGCUACUACAACAUCACCCUGGCCAAACGGUACAUUAGCAUCCUUCCGGUCAUCCCUGUCACCCUCUACCUGGACCCCCAAGAGGCCUUGGAGGCGCGUCAUCCCCACGAAGCCAACCGGUACCAGUCCUCCUUCUCGUUGGGCGUCGUGAAAGAAGAGCAGGCGGACCGGCUGUCAGAAGAGAAGCCCAAAGGACACAGCCCGCGAGACGUCACCCUCUAUAAGGUGGCUGCCCUUGGUCUGGCGUCCGGCAUCCUUUUGGUCCUCCUCCUCUUUUGUCUCUACAAAGUCUUGUGCCCCAAGAAUUACGGACAAAACGAGCUUUCCCACAGUCGGCGGCGAAGAGGGGACCUCCCUUGCGACGACUACGGAUACUCACCUCCCGAGACGGAGAUCAUCCCCCUGGUCCUCCGAGGCCACCUCAUGGACAUCGAAUGCUUGGCUAGCGAUGGGAUGCUGCUGGUCAGUUGUUGCCUGGUGGGCCAGAUCCGGGUGUGGGAUGCACAGACGGGUGACUGCCUUACGGUCAUUCCUAAGCAAGGCCUGCCCCGGGACAACAAUAGCGGCAGCGUCCUUGAGCCCCAGGACUGCUGGGAUUACAGCCCAGACGGCCGCAGCGGUGGGCCAGAAGACCCUUGGGAUGGAAGCCCCCCCUUCCGCCAGACCCGAAGCCCCCAGCCGCCUCUCCUCUUCAGCAACCAACCUGACCUCUCUUCUCUGAUCGAUACCAAUUUUUCGGAGCACACCAAGAGUGGGACCCCGGGGCCCCGUCUGCGCACCCUCAGCGGGCGCCCGGAUGGCUAUGACUUUGGCAGCCUGGUGGGGAGGGUCUGCGAGGAGGGACCCCCGAACUGUACGACUGUCGCUAAGAAGGGCGGCUCCCAGAGCAAGGGAGCGUGGCCCCAAAUUGGCGAGGAUCCCGAAUGCAUCUCGCAACGGAGCAGCUUGGGGGGCGAUGAGCCUUCCGGGGUCCCAGGGAAGACCAGCCCCCUAAUUCCCUGGCAGGGAGACUUGGACAGUUCGGUCUGGAGUUUGGAACUUCAAGGGAAUCUCAUUCUGGCCGGCCGGAGCAAUGGGAGGCUGGAGGUCUGGGAUGCCAUUGAGGGGACCCUUCAGUGCAGCAGCGAAGACGGGACAUCUGGCAUCACGUCCCUGGUCUUCUUGAGUGACAGGAUCGUAGCUGCCAGGCUGAACGGAUCCCUCGAUUUUUAUUCCCUGAGGAACACGCUGUGCAUGCCCCACUCUCCCUUCCAGGGUAAGCCCACUCCUCUUAAAGCAGGCCGGCUGGGGAGCCAUUUAUCCCUCGACUCUCCUCCGGUCCUAAAUGCUCGUCAGUCUUAAAUCGAGAUUUGUUGUGUUACGUUCAUCGGAGUGCUCUUGCCCUUGUCAUAGUCAGACCACUUCCUACUGAGGCUUGACUUUCGGAGACCAAUCCCCCGCUGUAGGGAGGAGGAACCGAUUAGGUGGUUCCACCCCAGGCGUCUUAUGGAUCCUCAGGGUUUCCAGACGGCGCUUGGCGUUAUGCCUGAUACUCUCGACCGCAGCCCGGUGGAGACCUUAGUUGCUACUUGGAACUCGGUAGCGUCUGAGGCUCUCCACGGA